AUGAACUCAGACAACUUGUCCUUGUCCCGUAAGUACGUGAAAGCAUCGUACAUUGCGCAAGCGAGUCAGGCCAUAGUCUCCAAUGAGUCUAAGAUUGCCCAAUUGCUUGAGCAGGGACGCUGUCCCGAAGAAGGCUGGGACGACUCCACCAUCGAGAUCCUGCUCCAAAACCUUUCGCUCAUGGACAGCAACAAUUUCUUGGGCAACGCGGGCGUCGGCGAGAGGGAAGCACGCAUCGCGUCCAAUCUGGUGAGCCGACGCCACUACCGGCUGGGCCAUGGCAUUGGCCGCUCCGGCGACAUCUCCGAGACGCAGCCCAAAGCGGCGGGCUCAAGCCUCAUGAACAAGCUCACCAACUCCAUGGUGCUCCACCUCCUUCAGACGAUGGGAGUUCCGGCCACUAAAGCCUGCUUCGUCGUGCCAAUGGCGACUGGCAUGAGCCUGACACUCUGCAUGCUCGCGUUCCGUCAGAAGCGACCUGCCGCCCGUUACGUCAUGUGGUCACGAAUGGACCAAAAGUCCUGCUUCAAGUGCAUCCUCACGGCCGGCUUCGAGCCGAUAGUCGUCCAAGGCCGUCUCUUCGGCGACGAGUUGCACACGGACGUGGCGGCGAUGCGGGCUCACUUAGAGCGUAUCGGAGCGCAGAACGUCGCCUGCGUCAUGACGAUCACCUCGUGCCCCGCGCCAAGGUGUCCUGACAGCCUAGAGGACGUGGCACAGCUUUGCGAAGAGUUCCAAGUUCCCCACUUAGUGAACAACGCAUACGGGGUUCAGUGCACCAAGUGCAUGCACCUCAUCCAGCAGGCCUCUAGGGUAGGGCGACUGGAUGCCUUCGUGCAGAGCACCGACAAGAAUUUCAUGGUUCCGGUCGGCGGGGCUGUCAUCGCCGGCUUUGACAAGGAACUGAUCGAGACCGUGGCUCAGAUGUACCCAGGCCGGGGUUCAGCCACCCCCACCAUGGACCUCUUCAUCACGCUUCUGUCCCUCGGCACAAAGGGGUACCUCAAGCUCAGAAAGGAACGUCGGGAGGUCUUCGUGUAUCUGACAGAAAAACUCAGGGAAGUCUCGGGGAAACACGGCGAGCGCUUCCUUCACACGCCCAACAACCGUAUUUCGGUCGCCAUGAGCGUCACUGAGGACAAAGUCGGAGAAGUGACCGGUAUAGGCGCCAUGUUGUUCACAAGAUUUGUGUCUGGGUCCAAGGUGGUCUCAAACGAAGGCACAAAGAAAGUGGGCAACUGGGAAUUGGAAGGCUGGGGCUUGCACUGCAAGUCCUACCCGUCAUCUUACCUGAAUGCUGCAUCCACUUUGGGUGUCAGAAAGAACGACGUGGAUGUGUUUGUGCAGCGACUGGACAAAGUGCUCGCAAAAGCACAGAAAGUUCAGAAAGAAAAGUGUGCGCGCACUUUGGGCGAUAGUGACGAGAAGUAG